UCUGCGCCGUGCCAUCUUUUCUUUGUUGCUGAUCUUUGCCAUGACCUAAAAAGAAAAGAAAAAUUAAAUAAACUAUAGAAAGAUAAGUAAUGAAGAGAGUGCUUCAGAUAUAUUAUAAAAGGGCGUAGGCCCUUAGGAAGCAAAAAGACUGUAACUGUUAAUUUCAGACAUAACAUUUAUUCCUCAAAUAAGUUCCAUUAAACUUUGGCUUAUUAACUUUUCCCAUGAAAGUAUUAUAAACAUUAAUUUUUAGGUUAGGAGUUACUCUAUAUAAUAUGGGAGUAUUGUAAACAGAUGUGUUUACAGUAUACAUCAUAGUAAACAAAUAACUGCCUACAAUAAUGAACAUAAAUUACUUACACUGCUGUUGGUGUAGCUUUCUUUAUCUGUUGAAGAAUGUAUUUCACUACAAAAAUACUGCAGUUUCAACAAUAGAAAGGACUGUGAAGGCCAGCAUGGGUGACAUGUGAAUAACCAAAAUGCACAAGUGCAGGUGUGACAACUUACAAAACAAAAAUUAUGUUCUACAAAUAUAAAUAAAGAUAUUUACAAUAUAGGCGGUUAAUUACUUCAUAAAAUCACUGAAAAUAUAAUUUGGUAUUAAAUGUAAAUAUUAUUAAAUUUGGUGUCGGACGUAAAGUGUCGGACGUAAAAUUAUUUUUACGUCCGACCCCCCAGUUAUAUAAAAAGUUAAUUCAUAGCAAUCUUUUGUUAUGUAUAGAAAGUAAAGAUCAGUACAAACCUACUUUGUAUGUGGGUUGUUAGAAUUAUAUCACUAGCCUUGUGGGCUGUAUAAAACUGAAUACACAUUUUGGUGUCGGAAGUAAAACUAAAAAAACACCUGCUUUGAGGGAGGUUUAUAGAACAGUUAUAUGAUUUAGUCUUCUUAAUUAUAGUUUCUACGUGUAGCAUUAGGCCACACAAAUUGAAUGGCUUAGAAACCAAUCUAAUAUAGUAUUAGUAUGUCAUCAAGAUCAGCCAAGAAAGCAAUUUGCGUACAAUUGAAACUACUAAGAGAAUAAUUUUUAUUAGGUUUGUUCAUCAUUAUUAAUUACAUCACAAAGUUAAAGACUAAUCUAAGGCCUAGUUUCUGGUAGAGAAAUAUGUUAGCUUUCCAAUGAUAUAAAACAUUUCUAGGUUAUGUUAAUUUUAAUAUUUGCUACCAUGGUUGACCUUUUCAUGGAACUGCCCUUAUAAAGACCAUGUAGUGAAUGAUGAAAAUGGUAGUGCAAAUAGACAAUCAUAUAAAUUUAGUUUAAUGGAAGCUGACAAUAGUGUAGGGUGCACUAGAAUGCAAGAUACUUCUAUCAAACCAGCUGGUGUUAACAGAACAACAGUAACAAGAUCAGGGAGAGUUAUAAAUCCUCCCAAGAGGUUGAACAUGUAAUGUAUGUACAGUGUAUUUGACAAACAACUUUGAAAGGGGAGAUGUUGUAGUGUAGUCAUGAAGUUGGUGCCACUGUAAGACAGUUGUGAUGAUGGUGUCAUGGAGCUAGGAUAAACACGGAGUGGUAACAGAUAAUAAAUAGAAUAGAAGCAGUAACCGAUAUGGUGGGAAGGGCCUCAAUCGGCAUGAGCUCGAUGAGUUGUGGAGCAUUGUGUCAGAUUCAUUUGGAAAGCAACUGGACAGCCUUAUGUCUGCAGCGUCAGCCGAUCUGCCACGAGACUGCGAGACUGAAGAGAAAUUAGUUGAGGGUGAGAACUUUAUUAUGUCGGUGUUGUACCUGGUUCCUAAAACUUUGUGUGGCAAAGAUGAUAUCCAUAUACCAGACUCGCUAAUGGACGUGCUGCUAGCACUCCAGGGGUUCCUGUGCAAUCCUGCAAUUCCUGACAGGGUUCAAUGUGCGACUGCACAGCUGUUUUUGGAUCUGUACAAGAGACGAUACUUGCAGCCAGCUGAGUGUGUGAACGUGUUGCAGUAUUACCUAGACUGUGUCCUGAAUGAGAAGAGCUCUGUGACGUGGAGGACAGACGUCCACAAGCUAUGGGAGCUGCGGUCGUUGCUGACGAAGAUCAACGUGCGGUCGGAUGCUCUGCGAGCCCUCCGAGGCUUGCUGCAGCGCUGCACGGCCGACGAGAGGUUCCUGAUACGCGAGGAUGGCCAGCAGUUCCUUACUACGCUGCUGGGAGCGGAUGACUCGCUACUGCAGAAUUUCAUCACGUUGAUGGAGGAAAACAUGCCGAGGACAAACAAGGAUGCUGCAGUAGGUUACGGAAAGCUGCUUGUCCAUGCGUGGGGCAAAGGAUCAGUAGACCAGAAACAGUGCAUAGAAGAUUUUGUCAAGAAACUUUAUGAUGAGAUGGCACAACUCCAGCGUAAAGGAAUUGAAAUGUGUCAGUUAGGAAACAUCAUCUUAAGAAUUUUUGAAAUGUUCCACACUGAUGAUACUCCAUUACCAUUGAAGACUAGCAUUUGUAGGAGAUGUAUACCAAUUCUCUUUGGAUAUUUGAAGAGCCACGUGAACCGUCAGCGCUGCAACGCGAGCGAGCUGUUCUUCAGGAUGUACCCGCUGAUGAUGUACUCGACACGGGACAAGGAGUGCAGCUUCCUGGACAAGCAGCAUACGCUCAUCGAGGAGCUGCUGAGGGACAAGUGCCACAUUGUGCGCGUCCUCGCCAUCAUGGGAACGUGCCGUAUCAUUGCGGAGAACACUGACAGUGUCUCGAAGCCCACGGUGACUCGCUGGCUGACCAUCAUAGUGGAGGAGCUAUCACGGGACUCCAAGUCCUAUCUGGUACGCUGCUACGUCUCGAAGGGCUUCAAGAAGCUGCUGUCUAGCAGGCUGCCCAACACGAGUCUGGAGGGCAUGAUGGCGAAGAUGAACCACCUGUACGGCGACGUGAACGCGCAGGUGCGCGAAGCCUACAGCGAGCUGCUGAUGAAGGCACUGGACAGGGCCGUACAGCCGCGGGUGAACGGGAGGCAGCCGGACCCAGGGAUCAGGUGGUGGAAGAUUGUGCAACUCAAAGAACUGCUGACGCAAAUAGAGGUUGAAGAUUGUGGUACAAGGAAGUGGCAGGCUUCAUUGUUGUUCCACUCCUCCAUCCUGAAAGAUAAGUCAGGGACAGAUAUCGUUCAAAGGAUAAUCACUCUGGCCAACAUGAACCCCAUGGCGACUAACAAACUGUUUAUAUUCAUGGGCAAGAAACUGACCUUCGUGCAGGUUAUCGAAAUAAUAAGUGCAAUAAUAUUGAAAAUAAAUAAGUACGUGGACAAAAACCGCAACCGAGUGUACAAAUUGCUUGCAGCUGAGGAACAAAAGGUUUGCCCCUCGCCUUUGAAGAGGAAGAAACGGAAAAGGCUCGACAAGGAGAAUUUCAUGGAUGAUGAUGGCUCAAUGACAGGCGAAGAAUCGAGGAGCGAGGCUCACAUGAGCAGCUCCUUGGAUCGGCCCGCAGUUAUGCAAACACUGCUAAAUAUUGCCAGCAUCUUGUGGAGGACGUUCAUUAAGGCCUUCGAGGAACAUCCCAAGGAGUUGCAUGAUCUCCACAAAAUUUGCCAAGGGUACCUCCCCAAAUGGUUUGGUUUUUUCAAGGGUACGGUGGCAUUUGACUGUUUACUGCUGCUGAUGACGCAUCUGCCAGCUGACCUGGUUGCCAAGAUGAGUGGCCUGCAGAUGAGCCUGAUGUCGCAGCUAAAGCAGCUCCCUGCAGACGUACCAGAUGCCACGGCUAGGGCCUUGUUGGUGCCGUUAGUGCUUUGGGGUAACGGGCGCUGCAUCCUAGAGCUCAUCCAGGACUGGUUCAACGAAGCCUUCCGCCACUGCAACCUCAACUGGACCCUUAGCACCCUGGGCCGCCGGAGGAAGGUGUCUGUGAUCGAUGUAGUGCCCGCCAAGCCGCUCCUGGCUGUAAGGUUCCUCUCCAUCAUGUACCAGCACCCGGUCUGCUGGGACAAACUGCUGGCCAAGUGCUACCCACAGCUCAGGGAGUUUUGGAGCUUCCUGGAGCGAGUCAAGACACUCAUUGUGCAACGUUUGGAGUAUGGGCAGCCCCUGGACAAUGUGCUAGUCAGCGAUGAAUUCAUCAGAGAGUCCCUGCGGUUGUAUCUCAAGCUGAUACCAUUCCUGGGCAACGCAGAUAGAAAUGAGCAGCAUUUUGAUACCUUCAAGAACUACAGUGAAGUUAUCCAAUUUGCCUUGGAGAACAUGGUUCCCCGCGUUCCAGACACAACUUCUGAGGCAGAGAAGCCGGAGCGUGUCCUUGUGGUGACUUUGCUGAAUGAUGUGCUGGAUGUGGGAUGCCACCCUCUGCUCCUGGUUCAGCCUCCGAUCAAGUACUUGCGAGACAUGCAUCUGCUCGCUUCCAAACUGCUGAUGACAGGCUGUGGGUCGUUGUUCGUGGUGUUCUCGCUGCACCUGCUGGGAAACACUGCUGUGCACCUGAAGGGCCAGGUGGGGCGGCUGGACCGCCAGCUACUGGUAUUCCUGCACACCAAGUGCGUGCUGCGGCUUUCGCAGCUGGUGCUUGCCAGGCUGCCUGUUGCGAGGGAGUGCGACUUGCUGCUCUGCUUCCAGGAACGUGAAGUAUUCAAGACUGUAAUGACUAAUGUGUUAAGCAUUAGCAAACUUUUUGUUGGGAGCAAUUCUCAAAUGAUAAUGAUGCUGUAUUUGCCAUACAUUGAAGCUGUGUUCAAACUACUGUCUCAGGAUAAGUAUAAUAUUGUUUCGGCAAGCUCCAGAAAGCCCUCAAAGGACUUGCCUGUUGCCGUGGCAAAGAUGGUCAACAUAGUUGUGGCUCACAGUGAACAAGCACACAUCUUCUGCCUGACCUUAAUGUACUGCUUCAAACGACCCUGUGAAGACUGUGAUAUGCUGUUGUCAGCACUGAAGUUAUUGUGUAUCAUGGUGGGUGAUGGCCGGUGGAGAACUGAAAUCCUUCUGCAAUGUUUUCUUGCAGCUAAGGAAGCAGUUUCUACAGGUACUCCUACUUUAGGAAAGGACUUUGAAAGGAAGGCUUCAAAAAUCAUUGAAGAAAUCCAAAAUCAACUGAAGCAGCCACAGUUUGGUACAUCCUCCCAGCUGGACGUCGCCAGCUCCGUACCUUCCCCACAGGAUACACAAGAGGAGCUUCCAUUGGAUGCUGUAACCACGGAGGCACAACCACCAUCUAAGCAGUUGCAGACAGAAGUGGUAGAAGAAUCAGUGGCUGAUUCAGCACAUGUGAUGGAAUCCCAACCUCCAUCAUUGUUGUUGCCCACUCCUCCUGACACAUGUUUGGACACUUCAUUAGAGGCAGAGUCGCAGAGGUCACAGUCUCCGUCCUGGUCGCUGUUAGUUAGUGCAGCGCAGUCUGGAGAAUCUUGUCUGGAUUCUUCUUUCGAGGCAGCUUCCCAUUUAUCGCAGGCUGAAGAGCCGGUGGCACCGAUGCUGAGUGCUGAAUCAUUGUCUGAAGAGGGUCGCUUUGAUGUUCAAGUGCGUCCAGAACCAUCGUUCGUACCCUUAGAAGUGCACUCGAGAGUGUCAUCAAAGACUGCAAAAGCUCGCAAAUUGCGUAGCUACUCAUUACCAGUAGAAGAGCGGGUCUCGCAUAUGCUGCAGGUUACAUCAUCCCAAGUUGCAGGACUACAUUUGGAAAGUACACUGCCAUUUUGUUCGCGAAGGACAGGAUCUCGGGUACAUUGUAACUCCGAGUCUCACCUGGUACAGAGUUCAGUUCAAUUACCGACAGAAUAAAAAUCAUUGUGGAAGGUAAGGUAUAUUUUGCACAAUUUAGUUUGUGUGACUAAAAAAUUCAUGGUUGUAAACCUACAUUGCAUAUGUGCAGUUUUGUAGUUUAUUUUGCAUUCAUUGAGAUAUUUUUUUAAUUCAGGGCUGCUACAGAGAUUCCAAAUAUUUACUGAAUUUUCCCUGAGUUCAACCAUUUUCCUGAAUUGUCUUUAGAGGCAUUUACAAUAUUCAAUAAUUAACAAUUAUUUUAUUUUAAACAUGAUAUAUUACUUGAUCUUUAAAAGUAUUUCACUACUGUAAAAUCGAGAAAAGGCGUAAAAUUUUAAUUUUGGUAUGGACUUUCUUCUGUUUAAAAAUUCAAGAGUGGUGUGAAAAUUAUAUACAUGGCAUUUAUUAUUUUCUUACACUGUUUUCCAGUUAACUUAAUUAUUGAAUGUAUUUCUAUGAAAAUUAAAAUUUUAGUUAAACACUGGUUAAAGUAGCAGAUCUAGAACAGAUAAAAUAAUCAAAUUUAAAAAAAAAACCUUACAAAAAUGAUUAUUACAUUAUGUCAUAAGUUUUCUAAGUAUUUUGUAGCCUCUCGUGUUAAACACUCGAGGGGAACAAGGAGUAGGAAUGGAACAGAGUUUGGCGAAAUGUCAUCUAAAGGUAUUACAACUCUAUGGUAACAACACAUUUAUUAUCGCUUAUACAUUAAAUUAUUCAUUACAACUUCAUUAAUGACAAAAAUGUACACAGUUGAUAUUUGCGGCGAGGCUCUGAUGCAAAAGUCUGCGAACAGAAACGUUUAGGAAUUAUUGCAACGUGAGACACGUGAAUGCAGCUUAACAAAUACACUUCACAAUUGCCCGUGCUCUCAUACUUGGCACCGCGCUUGGCGCUGGGUACACCGUCAAAACAAAAGCUAAGUUACAAGCAAUUAACGUACAUAAAUUUCCAGAGUGCAAAUCAAAGUAUAUAACAAGACCCUUCGACUUAUUGAAUAUUACGCGACACACCUCUGUCAAUGCGCAAGUUAGCAAACAUCACCAUAAUCAUUAAUAUCAUUUAACUAACAUGCUAUUUAUACACAACAUGACUAAUACAAAAAGGAACACUAUACAUGUUUUCACGAGGGUACGCGGACCUCUAAUUAUUAAUAUAACUAGUCGUCAACUUAGAUUACUCUUGUCGACACGUAUUUCUGCGGGCAAGUUCUUAUUCGUCGAUGCAGGGGUUACCAUUGACUAUCUCCCCAAACUAUAGUAGCGGGAGAAAUGCUCGUCGGUGUGGGGACUGGCAUUAUUCUUCACGUGUCGCUGCCGGGAUUCGCACCUAAGUGUUGUGUGUCCAGUCAGAUGUAAAGUCUUUCAUCGGGACUCACAAGUUCACACCGCCAUCUCCAAGCCUUGCCUCCGUCACCACUGCCCCUCUUCUCACUCUAAGUUUUCUACCCACUCGGUCUAUAGGUGUCUACGACGAAACAGUACUUUACCAAGUGGUAGUUUCUUCCGACGGGCAGCGUGACGGCAGACCAGCGAGACAUGUUGACAGUGUAGCUUCCUUCGGCAGGGAAGGCCAGCAAGGCCUCCGGCUGGUGUCGCUGGUGGUCGCGACGAGUCUCCUCCCUCAGCGGAAAAUGGGACCCCUUUUAUACUCUGCGAACUGCUAGUAUCGAACAUGGCAGAUUGUUCUCGGUCGGGGCAACCGGAACAGGCGCCUUCGGCGAUGUCCGGUUGGCAGCCCGCCAAAACGAGCCUCCCCGAGGGCUCCCGAGCUGCUCCGAACGUCAUGCGCGCAGCGCGCGAAUACUUGGCUUGUGCUGGUUGCAUCGGCGCGCGGUAUGGCGCCGCGCGACACAUCUUGAUGUGCGUAUGCGGAGCACACGCAACAAUUUGUUGGAUAAAGAAGAGACAACGCAUGUACAUUUUAUAAAAUGUUUUGCUAAUACUAAAAUCAAAACAAAAAAAAAGUUUGCAAAUAAAAAGUCUAUGGUAAAAGUUCUCUUAAAACAAAAGAAAAUAAGUUAAGCUAAGUCACUGUAAAAGUCAAUCUAGUCUAUUAUUAUUUAACCUAGAUUAAUCACAAUCAGUAUAUGACAAUAAAUAAAGGUGAUCCCUAUGCUCAUAAGUACAUAUUUAGCUUUUUUUUUCUAUCUGCCAUUCGAGCUAUCCGGAAUUAUAGGUCUGUGUUAAAGUUCCCCCAUGACAUUGUGAUUAGCAGGCUUACGUGACAGAAUUUUUUGUUUCUUCUUUAAAAUAAACUUAUAUAUGAGGUGAAAAUCAUGACAAUAUUUUAGUUGCUGGUAAGGCUUUUCUUUGUUCCAAUUGCUGCUGGUAUAAAUAGUUAUAUUGCAUAAGCUGCAGUAAGCUUUUAUUUUUAUUAUUUUUUUUUAUUAUUAUUAUUAUUAUUAUUUAGCAUUCAUAUUUUUUAACUGUGGAUCUUUAGACCAACUAUGCUUUAAAAAAAACUUUUCUUAGACAUCUUGAUGCUUAUAUGAAGUAUAAAAAAGGUACUCUAUUUCUGAUGUGAUAGGACCAUUCACGUCCUUCACAUGCACACAGAUAGUGUGCGUCUGGGCGCUACCACAUGUUUACUGGGCACACGGACCCGGCGGGAACUCCUUAACAGGGUCCUGAUGUGGCCCGUCUUAAGACUUCCUCAACCCUUACAGACGUGGUUUGCCCUGAGCGACGGACAUGCUUACACACUGAAUGGGAUCUUAGAAACGUCCCACAUGGCCUGAUACCAGAAACUGAACACGUCCCACUGGUAACACGAGUUACUAUCAUUGUUCCUUGCAUGCAGCUUCCAUGUCUCCUAUAACUGUAGGAAAGCUUCGCGGCACGAAUCGGUAUAGUUGUGGUCUGACCCUUGAGGCUGACAAAUUCCCCACGUGGUAGUUUCAAAAGAUUCUUAAAAAAAAAAGUUUAAAUUAAUUAGUUAAAGAAGUGUGCCUACUGAGACAGUUCUCAAGGAUAGUGAUAGUGAUUAGAACAUUAAAAUUAAACUACAGAAGUAACUUAAUUGGUGAUGGCAAGCAAUAUAUAUAUUACUAGCUGCAGUACCCGGCGUUGCCCGGGCUGAACACAGGGUGAAGGGGACCUUUUUCGAAAUCAGAUGUAGUUAGUAAUUAUCUUCUCAAUUUGAAUGUCAAGUGUGCAAAAUAAUUUAUAUCACUUUCAGAUCCCGACAGACGUCCUGUCAGUGUAUAGUUAUUUACCUGUAUAUAUCUAAAAAUUGCUGGUCUGUAUGUAGUCUAGACUCUAUAAAGCACUAUGAAAAAAAGCUUAAAAAUAAGAAGUACUAAUAUUGAAAAGAUUCCAUUAUCUAUCUAAUGCUCGGCAUGCAUUGCAUGCCUCAUUCAGUUUUGUUUUGUAAUAUGUUUGAAGUAGUUACACAUAUACAAAUCACAUAUAUAUAUAUAUAUAACUCCCACUAUCUCUCUCUUCUAUAUAUAAAUCUCUAUAUAGCUCUAUACAUCUAUAUAUAUCUUUAUCUAACCCAUGUCAUUCUCUAUACCUUGCUCUAUCUCUACUUAUCUCUCUGUCUCUCUCUAUCUCACUCUAUACAUAUAUCACUCUAUCUCUGUCUCUCUUUUAUUAUUACAUAAAUUGUCUCAUGCGUGCGCACUUAUACAACAAAAACAGACGAAGUGCCGCUAUAUAAUAUGAAAUAAACACAUUUUUUAAAACGAUUUAUACUCCAACUAUUGCAAAAUAGUUAUACCGUCUCAGAAACCUUCACGGGCAUGCGCAUAACAACUCACCAAAAUUUCAUCGCAAUUGGAUGAAUGGUAUAGGAACGCAUACGGCACAAACAAACGAAAAUUAAAGAGAUGACAAACACAUCAAAUGAUGGUGCGUUUAAAAUUCAAGGCUACUAACUCUAUCUAUUGACGAAGUUAAGAACAAAACUGUUAUGAGCGCCUUUAUUUUGCUAGCCGCUGCAAGCUCCACUAAACGGGCUGGUCUCACCAAGGAGAAAAAUAUGAAUUUGCCAGACCUUACUAUGUGUAUGAUCGUGGGGCAGACAUAGAGAAAUGACACUCACUCACUAUUUGUGUGUGUAUGACCUAUAUGAUUUUAUAUACCUAUGAAAUUAUCACUUUUUCACUCCCUUAGGGAUGGAAUUUCAUAUUAAUAUGUGGUCUAUGUGUUAAUCCAGGUAAUGAGCUCGCUGUAGGCGGUGAAAGUUGAUCAAGUGUUAAUUGAUCAGCUAUCGACCGGGGUUGAAAAAUAUAAAAUUCUAUUAAAAAUUAGGGGUUGGUGAUAGAAGGGUGAAAAUUUAUGUUUGUAUGUAUUUUUUAAUGUCGCAUUAUAAAAAAAAUUUAAAAAAAUAAUGUUAGGGGUGGACAACCCUUAUCACUUAGGGGUAUGAAAAAUAGAUAGUAGCCGAUUCUCAGACCUACUGAAUAUGCAUAUAAAAUUUGAUAAAAAUCGGUCAAGCCGUUCUGGAGGAGUAUGGUGACUAACACUGUGACACAAGAAUUUUAUAUAUAAGAUUAAUCUUUCAGUUUAUUUUACUAUGACCAUAGUCUUACUAUCACUUAUAACACUGAAAUGUCUGUGUUCUCUUUUGGAUUCUGAAUGUAAUACCAUCCUUGCAUUAAUCUUCCGUAACAUUAUGUCAUAUUAUUUUACAGCUAAAAUAAGGAAAUAUGUACAUUUAAAACUCGAACUGUACGUUUUCAUAAUAUUUAUUUGGUUUUUGCUCUCAAGGUUUUUAAUCUCAUUCAUAAUUUAGCGCACUAUUUGGGUAUGAGCCUGGAAGGCACAACUUUUGAAUAUAGGUAUAUUAAGAUACACUUUUUAAUUAUUUAUUGUUUUCACGAACAAGAAGGUUGAGAGUACGAGAAAGACAAUAGUCCAUGAUGGACAUUGACUCAUACAAAAUCUGUAUAUUUCGUCAAAUUUCAGUGGAAUAGGCCAAUUUCUGAUAGAUCAUAUUUAUACAAGUCUCUAGUGAUGUUUAAUAAUAAAUUGUGUUGGAAGACACGCAGGAACAUAAGUUUUUACAGAUUUUAUAUUUCACUUUCAAGAAUUGUAAUACUGAAUCGUUAAGCCAUGUUGGACACUAUCUAGUGUGUUUUAAAUUGUUUUUUAUUUCUCACAGUAACGUAAAGCAUCAUUUAUUAAUGAUUAUAGCUUACUGACAUCUGAUAACUUUAAUGGCUUAUUAAAUUUUUUUUUGUUAUACCCACGAUGUUAGAUAUUUUAUUCUACUAUCUGCACACUAGUUGUCUGCAAUUUUAAAGAUAACUUUUUAUCAACUUUAUCCCUGAGAAUAUUUAAAUUGUGUUUCUUGUCUCAUAUAACUAUUGAAGGUCAAACUGAAGAGAAUUUUUGAUUAAUAAUGUGUCGUAUGUAAUUUUGGAUUGUAAAACAGUUAUAAAUUUUGUCACCCAUCUCUGGAAUAUGUUUUUAAUUUUUAUGAUGAUCAGAAUAAUAUUCUAUUUGAUAUUCAUAUGGUUGACGUGUGGUAAAAUUGUUACAAUUGGUUAUGUUGUUUUGUUUGUACCUUGAUGUUUUGGAUUUAAUACAAACAAAUCAAGGUAUUUUUUGUAUGUAUUUUCUACAUUAAUAUUAGUGUGAUAAUCAAUUAGUUUAGUCAAUUAGUUUAGUGUAUGAUAGUAGUAAGAAUAAUAGUACACCAAAGGGUAAAAGCUAAGUAAAUUUUUAUAGACAUACAUAGUUUGGUACGGUUUGUCAUUUUAAGGUUAUUAUACACAACCCAGAGCGACAACUAUGCAGAGUGCUGGUAUACACACAGAGUAAACUGUUUGUUGAUGUAUGCCACACCCCGGAGUGCGGACGCUUCCUAUCUUGGGCGGUGAUGAUUGAAUACUGGGCCAUAAAUCAGUAAAUGGCCACUGUUCAGGUCUCUACCCGCCUUGCCGAUGACAGUUAUGAGUUACUAGAUUCAGUAUGCUUUUGUUACAAAACAUAAAAACACUUCACAUAAUGAAAUGAAAUUUUGUUACAUUAAAAAGCCCUUUACAAUAACUAUAUUUAAAUAUAUAUUUUUGGCAAUUAAUAUUGCUGCUCUGGGUGUGUUUCUGAAUGUCAGUCUGCUGUGACUGAAAAGAAACAGCUCCUGGAAAUUAAAAGAGAACAAUUUAUCAAGUUAUAUUUAAAUGUAUUCACGGGAACAUUGCACUGCUGUUAACGGUUAUCACUCCCACCUUCUUCCGGGCCGGUGAUGUGCUAUUUAAAUGCCAGCACUUGUCACGUUGCACACUCACGUGUAAAUAGAGCCAGGGAGGUUAAGGGCUAAAGUGGGCUAGCCCUGGACAAUGUCACUGCAUAAAACCUACAGUACACAACCCACUGCUGUAUUCUGUAUUCUCACUUUCUCAAUUGCAGUUUCAUUUAAUACUAGGGCUGUUCCGAUACCGAUACCGAUUCCAAUACUCCGAUAACACCACUGAUUCCGAUACCACUGCGGAUACCAAAACCGAUACCUCAAUUUUUGUUUUCUUACAAAGAGUUAUUAUUUUAAGUAAAAUGUAUGUUAAAUUGUAAUAUGCUAGACAUUUUUUAAUCAAUUGUGUUUAGUUUAUUUACAUAUUAACAAAUUCUGAUUUUUCUCCUGAAAAGUAACUGUAUUUAGGAGUGCUUGAGAUUACACUUCAAAAAAAAUCAACUGAUUCACAUGAUCUGGCAGCAGAGAUGACCUGUGGUCAUUUACAAUCAACCCUGCUUGAGAAAAUAUUUGCUCUGAACAAACUGAUCCUGCAGGAACUCCAAGAUAGAAUUUGCUUAGUUCCUUCAUUUGUUUGAAGUCAGAUGAUCUCCAGUACUCUGCACGUGAAUGCUUGAGUGAACAGAGUGGUGUGCUCAGGUAACGAUCAAUCUCUUUUUCUGACGACAGUGGUGCAUCAAAAUAUGAGUUUCCGGCUCGUAAGCUGAUAAGCUGCUACAUAAUCUUUUAAAAAAAAAAAAAAAAUACCUACAGUAAAAUUACUGGCACAAACAUAUAACAAACAACUCCUUUGACACCAUAAUAACUAACCCCACAUACCUUUGCAAGAGAAGGUGUAUAUUCGUCAUUUUCUUUUCAUCAUCUGAAGUAUCUGUAUCAACGUUACAUAGUGCCACUUCAGUUUCAUAGCCAAAGAACUUUGCAGUUUCUGUAUAACCAGAUUUUUGAACUUCUGUGAUGUCCCAGCAUCAAACAAACUAGUCUUGAAUCUUGGAUCAAGACCUGUUGCCAAAAUGUAAGUUUCAUCAUUCACAAUUUUGUCAAAUCUUCUGGUUAAUUCUGACAAAAGAUCAUUGAUCAGACCUUUCAUUACUGUGCCUGGGACAUGGCACUCAUUUAUCUCUGCCUGACGACUUUUCAACAUGGCUUUAAGUGCUUUCAACAAGGGACCAAACUUCACCUAGUGAUGUAUCUCUAGAGCUGAUGGUCUUGGUGGCUUAGGCAAAAUAUGACAGAUUACUAACCAAUUCAGUUGUCAGUGCUCACUCUGUUGCUUUUAAAUUGAUUACUUGCUGAUGCAAACUUGAAACGACUGAAACAUCAAUAAGAAUGUGCCGACAACAUUCAAAAUACCGUAAAAAUUAAACAGGUAUAAGAUGAAUCCGAUACCAACAGUUUUUGGUUUAUUUACAUUUCUUUACAACUAAUUUUAAAUUUUUAAACUGGAUUAGAAAAUACAAGCUGCAAAUAUUCCAUUUUAAGCUUGAAGUAAAUUGUACAAAAGAACAAUGCCAUGGUCAUGUUUUCAAAAAUCUAUUGGUUGUGGAAAAUUACUUGAGAAAUGUAAAUUAUUCCAAACAUGCAGGUAUCAAACCACAUUAUCUAUUAAUUAUGAUUGGUUUACCUGAAAUGGGAUCCCUUUGUUCCACUAGUCUUUCCAACAUUAAAAAGGUAGAAUCCCAAUGAGUUGGCUCAUCUUGUAUCAAGUUUUUCCUCUUCCUACCCAAGUCGUCUUGUGCCUCAUGCAAUGAUUUCAGACCAGAAGUUGAGUGCUUGAAAAACCCCACCAGCUGUCGUGCAGCUUUUAAUGUUUUCCUUACAUUCGGACGGUUGAACAAUGACUGGUUGAUAACCUACAAAAAUUACAGCAGAAUCACUGAUUAAAAUCAAACACUUUCUUAAAACUGAAAAUAAUUAUGUUGUCUUUGUUGUGAAACUUGAAUCAAAAUGUAUGGCUUCCUCAGUGAAUAUUACAAUUUAUAAAUAAACGUCACCCACGUAUCUGGUCAGAACAAAAUUUUAGUUUACAGAGUUUUAGCACAGACACAGGUUGUACCUCGAACUACUCACCAACUGAAGUGUGUGAGCCGUACAGUUGACAUGAACAAUGGAAUGUGGUAAUUUUGCCACUGCUGCAACCACAUUUGCAAUUGUCUGUCACAACCACUUUCAAUUUUUCCUUAAUGUUCCAGUUGUCAAAAGCAGCCGACCAAUUUUUGGCAAUCAAAUCAGCAGAAUGAUUAGGCCCUUCAAAUGGCAUCACUUCCAGUAGUAGAUGGCACUUCUCGAAGUCAGGUUGCACAAAAUGGCAUGUGAUGGAAACAUAAUCAUGACUUCCUACUGAUGUCCAAAUGUCAGACGUAACACAAACAUGCUCUGUUGUUUCCAGAAGAACACAUAUUUUUGUUUUAAUCUCUUCAUACAUGCUUGGAAUUAAAUUUGUAGCAAAAUAUUUUCUCCCAGGCACUUGGUACUUAGGGCAUAUUUUGGCCAUUAAAGCUCUAAAACCCUCACUCUCAACGAAACUGUACGGCAAACUAUCCAAACACAACAUUUCAGCAAUGGUUUUGCUAAUUUCUUGAGCUCGUGGGUCCUUACUAUCAUACUUAAUAUUAAUACUUCGUUGAAAGGCAUCAAAGACAGUAAGCUGCACCAUCUCUGUGGAACUGGUGCUUGGUAGAUCCGACUUUUCUUGAAAAGAAUGACUUGUACAACCUUGCCUUUCGUGUGAAGCUGUGGCUAUUUCAUGCUUGUGCUUAGAGUAUCCCUGGCAGUGCACUAAAUGCCUCUUGAGAUUAGUUGUAUUAAAAGUUGUUGUCUCUUUCCCGCCUCUUGAAACCAAACUUUUACAAUAUCUUGCCUUAGAUAUGUUAUCAGGCACUUUGUCAAAAUCAUUCCAAACAGAAGACAUCUUUGUUCAAAAUUUGACACGAAAAAUAAAUACAAUGAAAAACUAUUUGCGUAUUGUACCUAUGAUCACACUAACCCCCAAGUCAAGAGUAUCUUGGUAACACACCCUGAAAACUGGUAUGUAUACCAAGGAGUAUUGGUACAUCUUUCUAAACACCCUUGAUAAAUGGCGACACCACCACAACAGUGAUGGAAUACGUAUUUUCUUGUCCCUGAAAAACAUUUUUUUCUCUUUUAACAAGUGCGUAGAUAGCCGAAUCAUAAGUAUUCGUGUGGAAAUUAGGAGAAAAAAAAGGCAGCCGUACACAAUAAAAUACAGUAUGUUGUGUAUUUACAGAAUUGUGAUUGAGAGGUUAUGUGUCGGUCUUGGUAAAUAAAGAUAAUGUACCUUUUCGUUAAUUUCCAUGGGCUUAAUAUGCACUGAACCAAUAAAUUACUGUUGGUUUCAGUCCUCUCAAUUACUGUAACAUCAAAUAUCUGGAUUUUUUUACUUUAUGUAAAACUUUAUAUAAAAUACAGUAUGUUGUGUAUUUACAGAAUUGUGAUUGAGAGGUUAUGUGUCGGUCUUGGUAAAUAAAGAUAAUGUACCUUUUCGUUAAUUUCCAUGGGCUUAAUAUGCACUGAACCAAUAAAUUACUGUUGGUUUCAGUCCUCUCAAUUACUGUAACAUCAAAUAUCUGGAUUUUUUUACUUUAUGUAAGCAAUGCCCUAACCUGAAAAAAAAUUCCUAUCUUGUUUGUAUGUUGUUUAUUGUUUAAUUAUGGGGAUUUGUUUCUGAAACAUGAGAAAUUCUUUGUGAGGUUAAGUGGUAUCAGUAUUUAUGGCUUGAACGUGAAAUUGCAAAUAAAAUAUCUGCACCGAUACUACUACUGAUUACUUUGAAUCGGCUAUGACCUUAAUAUCGGCCGAUAACCGAUACAUGUAUCGGUAUCGGAACAGCCUUAUUUAAUACAAAACUGGAAACUUCAGAACGUAUUUCUUCAAAAUACACUUUGGUUCACAGGCUUUCAGUUUAACAUUAGUGAUAAGUAAUAUCUGAACUCUUCAAAAUUUUAUGCUGUCCUUAUACAUUUACUUGUUACCUAAUACCGGUAACAUAUUUCUCAAGUGUUCACAAUAAAGACUACUAGUGUGAUAUUUUAGUUUGCAAAUAACCUUUAGUAAAUAUCUGGUGACAAAAUUUCAAAUCUAAAAUCAAAUGCAAAAGAGCUAUUGUACCUAAAUAUUUAGCUUAUUACAAGAAAAGAUAACCAGUGUGGCAAGUGCUGAGCCUUGAGUGCUGAUAAUAGAUAGAAAAAGAAUACAUUCACAAAAUAACUUAAUGUAAGCUUUACUUACAUUGUCUAAUUAUUCACAUAUUUCCAGUAAUGCACAAAAUUAUCUUCAGUACAAAAAAAAUCCCUUUCGGCACAGUCUACAGACUGAUUUCGUACAGGUAGAUUUCGAAGUACCUAUUUCUUCUGGAAAUAUUUUAGAAACUUCUAUAAACUCCUGAACAUUUUAAGAGCUUAAUGUAGCCAAUAUAACAUCCUACAUGUUCGACAAUAUUCAAAUAAGAUCGAUUUUACAUGUUCACAUAUUCCAUUAAGCGAAAAUAUUUUGAAUGUUUUUUACUUAACGCAUGCAGCAUUGAAUGUCUUAACAGAUUUCAUAUUAUGCUACGUAUGUUGUUUUUGAUCUUCAAACACUAUUUUUCAUCAAUUGCACUAAUAUGUUGUCGUAUAAAUUUUUUUGGCCAUAGGUUUAAGGUAACAUUAAGAUGAUUAUUAAUAAAUUCCGAUGAAUUUGAUACUAAGAAAGUUUUUUUUUUCAAUCCAUGUGAUAACGGUAAUAGUUAGUUUAAUCCGAAAUUGUUCCAGCCAAAGUUUUUAGAUAAAGUUUAGGCAUUUUACAAUAAAUUAUAAUGGAUUUGAUAUUAUAUCUAUUUAAAAGAGUAAUGAAAUUUUGUCUUUCUACCCAUGUUGUUUCCACCCAUUGCAAUAAUGGUUUGUAUUAUGGAAAAUUGUUUCAGACUUAAUUUUUAGAUAUAAGAUUAAUAACAAAUUUGCACAAAUUCGAUUUUGUUCCUAUGAAGGGAGUUAUGAUUUUUCAACCCUUAUUUUUUCAACACCUUGCAGUUAUGGUUGGUUUGUAUCAAAAUCUUAUUCAGAUAAUAGAUUUUGGCAUUACUCCUAUAAGUUAUAAUACAUUCAAAUGGUUGUGAUAUUUUCCAUAUUAUGGGAGCUAAGUGAUUUUUCUGUUUUUCAAAAAACCCUCCCCAUUUCUACCCCUUUGGUCGGAUAUUGCCCAUUAACGAAAUCGAUCUAGAUUUUCCAUUACUAGACUUAUUUAUCAGUUUGGAAGUGAUUUGUGAAAAAUUGUGACAGUUAUUGUGUCUACAAAAUUGUGAUAAAGAUAUAUAUUUUGGGGUCUAUGGAUCAUGAAAUUAAAAACUGUGUAAAAAAUUUCCGAAAUUUGCAUCAUGGUAACAGCUACAAUACAUGGUGUUUCUUUGAAAUCUACCUAAUAAAGGAAAAACAAUCUCAGUACACAACAAAUAAAGCACUCAUUACAAACAAAUAGCCAGUAGCAACAAGGGAGGUGAGGCAAGCCUUGAGCAAGCAGUUUUUGACAAAACAAAAAUAGGAGGGGCCGAAGAAGACAAAGAAAUUAUCAUUAGCCUAAUAUUCACUAAUCAUAAGUUUUACGCCUUAAUAUUUCUUGUGAACACACUACACCAAAAUAUUAUUUUUUACAUAAAAUAUAUCCAUAACUGUGUCUUGUGUUCCCUGACUUUUCCUGGUUUUCUUCACCUGUAGCAACCCUGAAAUUUUAUGUUUAAUUACUUGCUACUGUUUGUAACUGUAUGUACAUAAAUAAAAUAUAUGACUUUAAAUACAAUAAUAUAGGUCCUAUUGCAUAUGACUGUUGAAAAUUCUGCUAGAAUUUUAUACAUAAGAGUGCCAUAUUGAUGUUAGUAUGUAUGUUUAUUUAAAAAUGUAUGUAUGUAUGUAAUUAAUCUGUGAUGAAGAGGAAAGACUUAUUAUUUGAGUUAUCAGCUUAACAUCAGAAAAUACUAUGUUAGCCUGCUCUAAGAAAUUUAUGAAUUAUAUUACUUUAUAUUCAAAAAAAAUUUGUUAUCGCUUGAAUAAACCAUUUCAGUGUUGUCUCAAAUUAUGGAGAACUGUCACAUCUUUUGAAUUUAUUCACUAUCAUAACCUAAUAUACAUUUUGUGCAGUACGUACUCUGCUGCUGUUACAUAAAGAAAGAUGGGGAGAAGUAAAAUUAGAAUGAAUAGUCUACCUUGAGCUUGUGUUUAUCCGUGUCUCCAUACUUAUAAUCUUCACAUGUUGAUGUACUGUAGAAUUUAAAUCUAAGUAGUUAAAAUUACACCCAUCCUUGAAGUAACACUGGUUGAUUUGUGGUGUUUUGAAGUAACG